AUAUAAAUAUUAAAAUAUUUUUAAUAAACAGUGGAACAAAAAAUAAAUAUUUUAAAUAACUUUCAUACCAGCAUUAAGUUAAUUCAUGUUUAGUUAUGUACAAUAUUGUGGUUAUUUGUUAUGGGAUAUCAUUAUGUAAUAAGCAAGUCGUGUUGCAAAUAUAAUAUACAACUGUAGGUAUAACCACAUUGACAUAUAAACUGAAUGUUGUGGUUAUAGAAUUCCAGUUUUCUACUGUCUUUCGUGGAGUGACAGCGAUUAAUAUAACAACGUUAACAUGGCUAGUAUACAAAUGGCCGAUAUUAAAGGCGUGCUCGCUCCAGUAUUCACACCAGUUGACGACGACGGACUCUUGAACACAAGAGUUAUACCAGAAUAUGCGCGCUUCUUGAACAAACAUGGCAUCAAAGGAAUACUUGUUGGUGGCACGACGGGAGAAGCUGUCACCCUCACUUUGGAUGAGAGAAAAGAUGUAUUACAAACUUGGAUAAAGGAAGCCCAACAGUUUAAUAUAAAAGUCAUCGCUCAAGUCGGAGGAGUGCCGUUUCCAGAAGUCUUAGCAAUGACCAUGUAUGCAGAAAUGACCGGUGCGAACUGCAUCAUGACCCUGCCAGAACUGUUCUUCAAACCAAAAACUUGUGAACAGCUCGUCUCCUAUUUGGAACUGGUAGCUCAAGCCGCGCCAUCACUCCCACUGCUGUACUAUCAUUUUCCUCAGAUGACUGGCGUAGAUUUAAACAUGAAGGACCUCUUCGACAUGGCAACAUCGAAAAUACCUAACUUCAAAGGCAUAAAAGCCGAUUUCGAAGUGGCCAAGGAAUUUGCUAAUCUUGCAGAUGAUCAGAGGAUAUUCAUUGCAAAUCAUCAUUUAUUACUACCGACAGUAUACGGCCUAGAUUCCAGUAUAGCAACAGUGACGAAUAUAUUCCCGGAUGUGGUGCAAGAUUUAGUAAAAUUGAUGAAAGCUGGUGAUGAUUUGAGAUCUGCAGCCCUGCAGAGGAAACUGGAUGAACUGGUAUCUGGCAUAACUGCUCAAGGUGAUUUUGUACCAACCAUGAAGGCCGCGAUGCAGUUGGUAACUGGAAUCAAGGUUGGACCGCCGCGGUUGCCUCAAAUCCCUCUCAGUGAUACGAGUGUAGCCCGCAUCGCUGAUCAUUUGAAGAAUUGCGGUUUAAGCUUAGCCGUUAGUGAGGAGUAAUUUGUAAUCCAAAUCAUACUUAUAUAUAUUUGGGAUGCAGUGUCGCAUAUAAUGAAUAGAAAAAUAUAAAGUACUUAAUAAUAAUA